AUGUACAUGCCCGUUCCUGACGUGCCGUCCAACCACUCCAGCGAGGACGCUGCCAACGUUAAGACGGCCAUCGAGCGGAUGUCUGAGAGCCUCACCAGCCUCAUGCGGCGAUACCCUCGUAAUCCUGAAGUCAUCUCCGUGACGAGAUAUGCCCUGUCAUGCCUCGAUGAGAACCUCUACCAGCUGGACCUGACCGGCAUCGAGUCGAGCUCUGAUCCAUUCACCGGAGACAAGAGCCCUAAAAGGCCUGAUGGCGAGAGCGGCAUGUUCGAUUACCUUGUGAGCUUCAACCAGCCUCGUGCGCCCAUGAUGUCGAAACCCUCAACGUGAGCUCAGAGACAGAUACCUGGAUGACAUGGCGACCUGCGUCUUUCUUCGUGUCUCAGGGGUGGGGAUCGAAGUCUACUGGGUGUUGGGAUGCAGACAAGUGUGCAGAUCGAGAAACUAAUGGCCUCAGACGCCGUGAUUGGCGUGUGGGGUCUGGAUCUGUUCGGCCUCGACAAGGCGUCCAAGCACCACCCGCUGUCUACCAUCGUCAUGGGAAUCAACCAAAGGUGAAGCAUGUAUACAUACAUACAUACAUAUACACGUCGAUUUAAUCUGAAUACCGAUGCUGCAUGCAGGUGCGACAUGACGGGCGUGCUUGGCCUCGAUCGCCGCAAGUUCUAUCGGUUUGUCACUCGCAUUGAGUCACUCUACCGCGCAGACCCGCCAUAUCACAAUGCCAUUCACGCGGCCGACGUCACCAACUCACUAUUUUUCUUCAUGCAGGCAGCAAGUAAGCCGGAGACAUAUGUACAGCGACACGGACAGUGAUUGAGAUGGUCUCGAGUUGUGUAUAUCAGAUUGGCUCGAGCUCAUCCAGCCAGUGGAAUUGUUCUGGCUGCAAUCAUCGCUGCCAUGUGCCACGAUGUGGGCCAUCCUGGCACGAACAAUGCGUACAUGGUAACGACCUGACGACACAAUCAAAGGAAACCCCUGUGACGCCUUUCAAGGGUCUGUGACUCCUCUUUAGGUGA